UUUUCUCAGCUUUUGAGAUCCAGUUGGCUACGUUUCAUUUCUUGAUUAAGCUAAUAUUUAUUUUACAAACCCUUGCCAUGGCAUAUUUAAACUUCCUAAAUAAAUCACUAUAAUGCUCUUUAUUUGUAAAAGAUUUACAUCAAAACAGAACAGCUCAUAACAUUUCGUUAAUUUCGAAGAUACUUCUUAAAAUGUUCUACUUUAGAUUUUAACGUGUUAAAAUACUGCAUAAGUAGAAUCGUAAAGGAAAAAUAUCCUUUCGUGGCAGCCAUUUUAUAGAAUAAAAAAUUGUCUAUGGUGAGCCAAAGAAAGGCGAAGCUAAACAAAAGGCUAACAUGUAGAUAGCAUUUACUAAAAUAACAGUGAAAUUCUCGUAAAUACUGACUCAAAAGUCAUAUUUUUAGGCUAUUGUUAAGUGAACUAACUACUAAUAAUAUGUGUGUAUAAUUGAAGUUCAUAAAAUGAAGCACAAUGCAUCGUGUAAUGGUGGCCAUUAAGAGAAAGUAUAAGAAUAUAAUAUGGAAUAAUGGGUCUUUUGAGCAAUACUGGUUUAUUAGCAAGCAUAACACCGAAACCAGUGUUUUUAAAGCAAAAGAGUGCAAUAGAAUUGCGAUGCGACGUCACACCGGCGCCGUUUAUGUUGCGGCCAUAUGCUGGCCUUUACAAUCCGUUCUCUCACGCGUGUUCCGUACUCUGCAAUCACCCUGCUGAUAUCGAAGCCAGGGAUGUUGUGAAGAGAGCUAAGGACUCUUGGAUAGAAGGAAAAUCUCACUUCUUCCAAGAGGAUUUGUCUAAGUUCCAAGAUGGCGGCGGCGACAAAGAGAAGAAUCGAACACCACACGAUAUUGUCACCGAGGAUAUGUUUAGAAGAUACGCAGAGACAGACUCAAGGCCGCUCACUCCAGCGCCGACGCUAGCUAGCGGCAAGUCGAGAGGGUCCAGAAGGUGCCUGACCCCAGACCAGCCACAUCAAAGAACUACGAUUGUUUUGGACUUGAGGCGAAGUCACAGCCAGGAAACGAUAUAUUACCACGGAUAUACGACGUCCGACAUCACUGGAGGUCACAACACGAGUCCAACCAAUGAUCGGUCCACAUUGCCGUCGUUGAACCUUUCGGAUGGAGCUCACAACCGCCUCAUCAAAGGCCAAUGUGAACAGCUGCCGCCUCUUGCUUCCCCAUUGGUUCUGUCUAAGAGAACGAUUCCUGUUAAAGAACCUCAGAGCGUCAGGACUGCUAGAAAGAAUCAACUGAAGGCACUGAAUUUGGGAAAACCUGCGAAACAAAGCAAGAACAACAAUAAACCCGAACCCGCUCCGGUCUCACAGCGGUCCAAAGCAGAGAAAGAAUCUAAUGAAGCCAACGAUGCAAAUGGGGAAGAAGGAGGCAGUGGUGAAGGUCGCCGGCGCGGUAAAAGAAGAAAAAAGGGCCGCCAGGGAGGCAGUGACCGGAUGACAUCAGCUGGACUGGCGGCGCAAGCGCAGCAAGAUCCUGAAACACAGAUCGCUGAAAUCGUCACAGAUUCCCAGAACCCGAGUUCUCGCGGCUCCAUUGCGCCGUCUCAAGAUGACGAUAUAAUACCGCUGCCAGUCAUUAAGCCGCUGGUGGUUGCUAAGAAGACAGACUCAUUCCUAGACGAUGACAUACUGAAGUAUCUGCACAGAGAAGUCGACGAGGAAGCUAUUGAGACGGAGUUUGAUGUGAAGCGUCGCUACGUGUUGGAGGAGGCGAUGCGCACCCGUCCGGAGCGAGCGCACGGCCAGGAGAUGCAGAAGCUGCUGCGCGAGCUGAAGGUGCCUGCCGUCAGUCUCGGGGACUGGCUGCACAUACCCAGGGUCUUCUCAAGGCAGAACGCGCAGUUCUCCUUGCCCCUAGAUACUAAUGCUUUGGAAACUUUAACGCCAAUGACAUACGCUGCACGGUUCGUGACUUUGAAGAAGUCAAAACAGCUGCUCUACCUCACGGUACUCAGGAAAUUUAGGCCACAAGGAUACAGGAUGCCUAUCAAGAACCUUGAGGAAGGUCUGAUCAUGAUGAUGGGAGGCAGCCUAAACACGGCACAAGCAAAGAGUUUUAAAACCCUUAUGGACUGGGAGACAUAUGAAGAGGAGGAGAGCAUUCCUGAUGAGAUCAAAGUCACUCUUCUUGACGGCUACAAAAGACCGCCUAUUAGCACUGAAGUUGGAGAUAAUGGCGAGUCUGAUGAGGAGACUAUAAAAUAUCGAACAUGGUGCGGACUUUGUGCAAUCUGCGAAAGAAUGCACGGAAGAUAUCCAUCCAGGGAUAAAGACCCACCAGACGGGAUUGAAUUAAGUGAUUUCUCUAUGGUGGAAACUAAAUUGGCUACGCUGAGAGUACAUGAUGGACUGAGAGAAAUUCUGAAUACUAUAAGAGAGCGGUAAUGUUUUGUAGGAGUUUUAGCAACGUAAUAUUUUAUAAUUGUAUUUUAUAUAAUUGCUUAGUUUUAAACAUUUAUUAUGAAAAAGAAACGAAAAUAAAUAUUUUACUAUGAAUUUCAAUCUUUCAUUGUAAUAAAUCUUCAGAGCUUGAAAGUAAGGGCUCCUUCUAGUUUUAUUUCUGGAACAUAUGACUGCCAAUUUCAGGAUAUAGAUUUUAUCGUUUUGCCCCAGUUCUUCUAAAUCUGUAAAUAUUACGUACAUGUCGGACCUUGU